AUGUAUUUAUCUAAAGAAGAGCAGAGGGCGGCCAAUGGUCAAGGAAAGAUCUUCUCCUAUGUGGUGAGAUCUCAUCUUCAGGAAAGCAAGACAGGGGUGCUUGCUGAUCUGUUGCCCAGUUUUGAAGUGGAAAUUAUGCCAGAAUGGGUGUUUGUCUGCCUGGUCAUCGUCGGCACGUUCCUCUUCUUCGCCAUGGUGGGCAUUUGUUGGUGCCAGUGCUGCCCCCACAGCUGUUGCUGUUACGUUCGCUGUCCUUGCUGCCCGGAAACCUGCUGCUGCCCAAGAGCCCUAUAUGAAGCGGGCAAGGCUGCAAAGAUUGGCUAUCCUCCCAACGUUCCCACCGCCUGCCCUCCAUAUUACAUCUCCACAGUUCCUGUUGCUCCAGUCCCGGCACCGAUGCUCAUGGAAAAACAGCACGUUCCGCCGCUAGUGCAGAGCGACUCGUUAGGAGGACAAAAUGUACGUAAAGGCUACCGCAUCCAGGCGGACAAGGAGCGCGACUCGAUGAAGGUUCUGUACUACGUGGAGAAGGAGCUGGCUCAGUUUGAUCCGGCGCGCCGGAUGCGAGAACGAUACAGCCAUACAAUCUCAGAGUUAAGCUCCCUGCACGAAGACAACACUCAAUUAAACCGCUCCUAUCGGCAAGUCCGCAGAAAGCCGCUACCUGCCAGCUGCACCAUUGAUGGAGAUAAGGAAUACUGGUCAGGGGUGGUCGGGGCCACAGCCAGAGCCUCAACAUGUCCCAAAUUCCGAGAUGACUUCAGGAGUAGUCUUCAAAGACCAACAUCAGAGGUCUUAGAAAGGAAAGCGUUCCCAAUGGCAGUCCAAGCCACCUCUACGGACGAAUUAGCUGUAUUUGCAGACUCAUAUAAACAGAGGUCCCGUCGGACUGACAGCCGAGGUCCUGGGACUGGGCCAAGGUUUGAGAGGUCUGAGUUGAGAGGAAGAACUCUAUAUCAGGAUAGCUCAACCGAUGACUACUAUGGAAAGAGAAACCACGGCAGGGAACUGUUUUCAGACAACGAAAGAGGCUGGUCGUUCAGUCCGUCUCGGAUACGAGCCCCAGAGGACAAGCUUCUGCCCAAAAGGAUAUCCCGAAUGGGACAGAGUUACGACGAUGCAUACCUUAGCAGUAUUCUUGAAAGGAAAUCAAGGGGUAUUGAGGAAACCAGCAUAACCCCAUCCAAACUGAGCUUGCGGCAAAAUUCAAGUCGCAGCUAUGGUCGAUCUCCAACGUUCAAGACAGGAGACAGCAAAGAUCACAAAGUUGAGGAAGAAGAUUCACUUCCUCCGUACAGCGAGAGAGAGCUUGCCAGGGCUCUCCCGUUUCGCUCAAGAGAACACUCCUAUCUCAGCGCCUCAGACAAGAGGAAGAAAAAGGACCAUCAACCAAGUAAAACAGGUGAUUUUCCAAACAGGAUGUCCCUCGUUGUCUGACACCGUGAAAGACUUAAGGAAGAUUCUCUUUGGAGGAGGUACUGAGGCAGUCCUGGUUACAAGAGGCAGAGCCAUUAGCCACUGUGCUCCAAGGAACCCGUUCUUGACGUGGAAGAUCUUUUAAGUAGCUAGUAGACCAUAUGCAUUGGGCCUUAAAUUGGAAGCAAUGGUCUCCUACUGGGUAUACAACCCAACCAGUAAUGGACCUCAAAAAUAAAACAAAAUAAAAUAAAAAUGUGGAUUAUAGCGGGGCAUCACAACUUGCCACAAUUUUAGAUUGUGUUAGGACUAGCCUUAGUAUACUUUAUCUUACUCCUGUUUAAAAACAAAAACUUAACAGGGGUGGAAAUUGCCUCCAUUCUCCAACAUUCCUUAUGUCUCACACUCAAACAGUGUUAUUUUUGUACCAUCCAACCUAUUUGUGCCUCUCAUUCACAGUGUCCAAGGAAAGGACGAGUGAUGUCUUUGUGAAAAGUGGGCGGAAUUCACAGACACAAGUGAACAUUUUUACAAAAUUAAGGGAAAAAAAACAAAAAAAAAUUCUGAAAUGUUUAAUUAGAAUUAUAUUUACAAAAUUAGUUUCAUUUAAAUUUAGAAUUUUACAGACUGUGCCUGGAAAGUGUCUUGAUU